CAUACUCCACUCCACACGACCACACCUCUCUCCAGUCUCCACUCGCCGCCGCCGCCGCCCGCGACGUCUCCGUGCUCGUCGUCCAGAGAGCCGCUGCGGCUGCCGCUACCUCCGCUGCUCGCUUGCUGGGCUUGCGCUCCUCCUGGUCCCGCUCCGUGCGUCGCGGUGGCGUCUUUGCGUUGCAACUCUUCUUCCUCCGACUGACUCCAACCCCCCCGCGCGGCGGAGCGGGGCGAGGAUCCAGAUGCUAUUCUUCUGCCCUGCUUCUCCUCCCCCACCAGUACAGAUUGCCUUCCCGCUCCCGCCGUUGCGUACGAACAGCUUCCCCGGCGAGCGCGGGAGCAGGAAGCCGGAGCACCAACGCCUCCGCGCGCAAUCUUCCCUGCCAGCCGAGAGACGGUCCCCCCUGCGAGCACGGAGCCACUCAGGAGGUGGCUAUGGGUUUGUGGAGCGAGUGCCCUUUGGGGAUUCGUCGGGCUCGGCAGCGGCGCCGUGCCUCCCGGACGCCGAGGCGCUCGCGUCCUGGCUGCGUUCCAGCAGCGGCGCGGGCGGCGUCCGGCGAGUGCACGCGGUUGCUGUCCGGUCCCUCGAUUGCCUGGGGACGUUCGUGGCCAACAACUUGAUCAGCGCGUAUGCCAAGUUCGACGAGGUUUUGGAUGCGAGGAAGGUGUUCGAUGAAAUGCCGGAGAGGAGUGUUGUCUCGUGGACAGCGAUGAUGAAUGCGUAUCUGAAAUUGGGCCACUACGGCGAGGUUGUGAGGCUUUUCUUUGAUAUGGUGGGGAGCGGGUUGCAAGGUAACAGCUUGACUUUUGUUUGCUUGUUGAAAUCCUGUGGCGAGCGUUGCGAUGCUAAGCUAGGGCAGCAGGUCCACUGUUGUAUUGUCAAAGGUGGGUGGAGCAAUGUGAUUGUGGACAGUGCUGUUGCGCAUUUCUAUGCUCAGUGUGGUAAUGUUGCUAGUGCUUCAGCUAUAUUUGAUAAGAUGGCCUCUCGCGAUGUCAUCUCAUGGACAACAAUGAUCACAGCUUAUGUGCAGCAUGGGCAUGGGGACCAAGCUCUUAGGAUGUUUUCAGAAAUGGUGUCGGAAGGAUUUCGCCCCAAUGAGUUCACCGUCUGCAGUGUCCUCAAGGCUUGUGCAGAAGAGAAAACUGUGAGGUUUGGGAAGCAGCUGCAUUGUGCUGUUGUGAAGAAAAUGUACAAAAAUGAUAUCCAUGUCGGCAGUGCCCUUGUCACCAUGUAUGCCAGAUGUGGUGAAAUUUUUGAUGCUCAGACAGUAUUUGAUAUGAUGCCACGAAGAAACACUAUUACAUGGACUUCUAUGAUCUCUGGCUAUGCACAAAGUGGCCAUGGUGAAAAGGCUAUCUUGUUGUUCAGAAAGAUGAAGAUGCGUCGAGUGUUUGUUAAUAACCUCACCAUUGUUGGUCUCCUUAGUGCCUGUGGCUCCUUACAAUCACUGUAUCUUGGAAAGGAAUUGCAUGCUCAGAUAAUAAAGAAUUCUAUGCAAGACAAUCUCCAAAUUGGGAGUACACUUGUUUGGUUCUACUGUAAAUGUGGAGUGUACUCAUAUGCUGCAAUAAUUCUUGAAGCGAUGCCUGACCGUGAUGCCAUCUCAUGGACAGCUCUGAUUUCUGGAUACAAUAAUCUUGGUCAUAAUGUUGAAGCACUUAAAUCAUUAGAUGAUAUGUUAUGGGAUGGUGUAAAACCAAACACCUACACUUACUCCUCAGCUCUGAAAGCUUGUGCGAAAUUGGAGGCACUGCAAUAUGGAAGGAAGAUCCACGGCUUUGUUAACAAGACUCAAGAUUUCUCCAAUGUGUUUGUGGGAAGCUCACUUAUUGAUAUGUACAUGAGGUGUGGUAAAGUCGAUGAAGCCCGAAGAGUCUUUGACGCGAUGCCAGAACACAACUUGGUAACAUGGAAAGUGAUUAUUACAGGAUUUGCUCAGAAUGGCCUAUGUGAAGAAGCUUUGAAGUACAUGUACCUAAUGCAGCGAGAAGGGCAUGAAGUUGAUGACUUUGUGCUUUCAACAGUUCUGACGUCAUGUGGAGAUCUUCAGUGGAAAUCCAUCUCCUUCUCUGGCUCACUUGCUGGUUCAGUUUCAGCUAGGAAUUAAAUUUUCCCAUGGCAAAGAAGCUAGCGCUUUUGCAGAAAGAGAUUUAUGAUUUUGCAAGAUCAGAAGACAUGUUGAUCACCAACAGGUAAACAUGAUGCACUCAUGCAACGCCCGCUGCACAGGUAACAUUCAAGCAAAACAGCAUGGCACAUGCCAGGGCAAAAAGUGAGAUCAUCUUGCGCAAAAACUUUUAGGCUUCAGCCGUGCGUUGGCGCCGACUGAUCUCUCCCAGUCCCAGACUCCCAGUCCCAGGGAUGUUCGGAUGUUCCUAGCGUCGCCACUGACGAUUGACGGAUUAAGUGGCGCCGUUGUGCCGCUGUGGCUGCGACCUACGAUGUUGCGUUUCGUGGAAGUGGAACUACGAAAGGGGAACGAGGAGACGAGGAGUCGAGGACAUGGCAAAAAGAAAGAAAUAGCUUCCGCGUCCGACGUCGAGAUAUGGGGCAAUGCGGCUGCCAGCCUGGAGCGAUCUUCACUAAUUCUGCAGCAACGUUCCUUAAUCCUUUCUCCUUGACUCUUGGCCUCCUGCUCCUGGGCUGAUGGGCCAUUAGGCCUGAUACGAAGUAUUUUCUUUGACCCAUUUUAUUAUACAGGUAUAUACAUAUGUAUAUGUUUUUUGGGGGCCCCUUGAUUUCAUGGGCCCUAGGCCAUCGCCCCUCUCGCCCUGGCCCAGGAACGACCCUGAAUAAAAGCAUGAAACAGCUUCUGUACCUCUUCCAGUGAAAUCCUUCCACUUACCCCUGGCAUAAGAGCAAGCCUGUUCGUACAAAAGCUUGGGUAAUCGAAGAAUGAAGCGUACACUGGCCGACUACUGGAGCGCUGGCCCUUCAGACCAGCCAUUCCUGCGGCUGCUGCCCCUGCUCCUGCCCUCCCCAAACUGCACGAAGAUCCUGGAAGCCUCACUCAUCUGAGGGGAAGGAAGUUUGGCAGGGUGACCUCACAUACCAGCAAGCCACAGCCACCAUGCGCUACAUGCCGCACCAUGCCACUGCCCCUGGACAUGCUCUUCCCAUCGAUGCGUCAGCAUCAGGCACUCAGGCGAGAUGGUGUGCAGCUCGGCACUCCAUUUGUUGAAGCUCUAGAGUGUGAUGCUCAAAACAACCGUUCUAUCAUCACUUAUAUUAAGGGUUGCUAAAUUUGCUAGAAGUUUAGCCUCAGCUAGGACCUGAUUCUGUUGUUACAAAGGACAAUGUUGUAAAACAGUUGCUGGAUGGCCCGAUGGAUUAUAUUGCUACUAGUGCUAUACACGUGCUAAC